AAUGUACUUAGUACUAACAAUCCAGUACUCAUCUCUUUUUGCUGGGACAAGAGCUGCUGGGGGUAUUUGAUAGAGAACUCCAACCCCCCAGUCAUCAGGGAUCUUGGCACAGCUGGGCACAAUGAUGACUGCCACAUUCAAAGGAUUUCUGUUUUUCUUUCUGUUCACUACUGCAAGUUGUGCCUCUAUCUGCGCUACCAGAGGAGUCAACUCCUGCCAGCAAUGCCUCGCUGUCAGUCCAUCAUGUGCCUGGUGCUCUCAAACGGAUUUCGGAAAAGGAGCUCCUCGCUGUGACGUAGUGUCAGCACUGCUAGAGAAUAACUGCGAUCGAAACAACAUUGAGCACCCUGUUAGUAAGGUCAAGACCCUGGUUGACAGACCGCUGAGUGACAAGGGCUCAGAAGGGGACAUCACCCAGAUGACACCACAAAAGUUAGAACUGCACCUGAGACCAGAUGAUUCCAAGAUCUUCACAAUACAAGUACGGCAGGUGGAAGACUAUCCACUGGACAUCUACUACCUUAUGGAUCUAUCUUACUCUAUGAAGGAUGAUUUGGUAACCAUCCAGACCUUAGGAACUCAAUUGGCUGAAAGGAUGCACAAAGUAACCAGCAAUCUCCGCAUUGGCUUUGGCGCUUUUGUUGAUAAGCCCAUGUCACCUUACAUGUAUAUGUCUCCACCAGAGGUCAUCACAAACCCCUGCAGAGACAUUCAAACCACCUGCAAGCCCACUUUUGGUUAUCAGCACAUUUUGGCCCUCACAGACCAGGUUGAGAGAUUCAAUCAGGAAGUUGCAAAGCAGGAUGUUUCCCGAAACCGCGAUGCCCCAGAAGGGGGAUUUGAUGCCAUCAUGCAGGCUGCAGUAUGCGAUGAGAGGAUUGGCUGGAGGAACGAAUCAUCCCACCUGCUGGUUUUUACUACAGAUGCCAGAACACACAUUGCCUUGGAUGGACGUCUUGCAGGAAUCGUUCGCCCCAAUGAUGGACAGUGCCAUCUUGGAGAUAGCAAUUCUUACACACUGUCUACUAUUCUGGACUACCCUUCCAUUGGACUCAUGACUGAAAAACUUUCCCAAAAAAACAUCAAUCUUGUUUUUGCCGUCACUAAAGAGGUCUCAGACCUCUACAAGGAAUACAGUGAGUUAAUUCCCGGGACAACAGUGGGUACAUUAUCCAAAGAUUCCGGAAAUGUGAUUCAGCUGAUCGUAGAUUCCUAUGAGAAGAUCCGAUCUAGGGUGGAACUCGAAGUCCGCGAUCUUCCCGAGGAGCUGUCCCUCUCAUUCAAUGCCACUUGCACCAACAAUGAGGUCACACCAGGCCUAAAAUCCUGCUCAGGGCUCAAGAUUGGGGAUACGGUGAGUUUUUCCAUUGAAGCAAAAGUUCGAGGUUGCCCUGCAGAGAAGGUGAAGACAUUCUCCAUCAAACCUGUGGGAUUUAAAGAUUCCCUGACUGUGACCGUAAACUUCCAGUGUGAAUGUGACUGUCAGAAGUAUGAUGAGCCAGACAGCGACUCGUGUAAUAAAGGAAAUGGGACCCUCAGCUGUGGAAUCUGUGACUGUCACCCUGGCUGGUUAGGACCACAUUGUGAGUGCUCCGAGGAGGAUUAUGACCCCUCAAAACAAGACCGCUGCAGCCAAAAGGACAAAGGUGUCCUCUGUUCCGGGAGAGGAGAGUGUGUGUGCGGCCAGUGCAUUUGUCACACCGGUGACUUUGGCAAAGUGUGGGGGAAAUUCUGUGAAUGCGAUGACAUCUCCUGUAUGCGGUACAAGGGCGAGAUAUGCUCAGGGCACGGGCAGUGUAAUUGCGGUGAUUGUAUCUGUGAAUCCGACUGGUCUGGCGAUAAUUGUAACUGCACCACACGCACAGACACCUGUAUGUCCAGCAGUGGGCUCUUGUGCAGUGGUAGAGGGGAGUGCAUCUGUGGCAAGUGUGACUGCACCCAGCCAGGCUCCUACGGGGACACCUGUGAAAAAUGCCCUACCUGUCCUGACGCCUGCACCUUUAAGAAGGGGUGUGUGGAGUGUAAGAAGUUUGAGCGUGGCCCUUGGAAGAAUGAAUCCCUAUGCAAGAGAAUUUGUCGAGAUGAGAUUGUACGUGUACAGGAACUUGUUGACAAUGGGGUGGAUGCGGUGAACUGCACUUAUAAGGAUGAGAAUGACUGUGUGGUCAGGUUCCAAUACCAUGAGGACUCCAGUGGGAAGUCUGUGUUGUACGUCAUCGGUGAAGAAGAAUGCCCUCAGGGUCCUGAUAUCCUUGUGGUUUUAAUGUCUGUGAUGGGAGCCAUCUUGCUAGUGGGCUUGGUAGCACUGCUUAUUUGGAAGCUGCUCAUCACCAUCCAUGACCGGCGUGAGUUUGCCAAAUUCGAAGAGGAGCGGUCGAAAGCUAAGUGGGACACGGCUCACAACCCUCUCUACAAAGGAGCCACUUCAACCUUCACCAACAUAACAUAUCGUGGAAAUGAAUGAAUACGGUGAUUGGACAUCCCGAUCUUGGAGAAACUGAAAUUUGUGACGUCAUUUCUGCUGUUUUGCAUCCUCAUUAUUUUAAUAGCACACCGCUCUCCGCAAGAUGUGAAACCCCUGUGGCCAUCUGAGACUGUUUUUGAUCUAAAAAUGAUUUACAAAAAAAAAAAAAUUCAGGGCCUUCGAAUGAUCUCUUAUAUCUACUGAAGCCAGAACUAAAUAAAUACUUCCACCCUUUAAAUCCCGGACUAAGAGGACGCAUGGUGGAUACUCAACACAGAGAAUUCAUCAGCCAUUCGGAUGCAUCAGAACGGCCAGAAAAACAGAACUUCUGCUGUCAUAAAAAGAUUCUCAGGAAUUCCACUAUACUCAGUUGCGAUAACGCACUCCACCCUGUUACACUCGGUAGACCCCUGUACAGGACUGAGCUUGUGCAGCUACACCCUUGUUACGUACUAUUUCUUUUUUUUUUUUAAUGCAAGAUCUGUAGCUUACUAAAGCUCAAGAAAACAUUUUUGAACUUUUCCACACAGCUUUCUAAUGAUUUAAGUGUUCAACACUUCUUGCCAGCAAUAUUUUUUUUACGUAUCUUAUGUACUGUGUGCCAGAGUAUUUGCCAUACAAUCUGUCUUUAAUCUGAUCUAAGUAAAACAAAACUUGAAUUUUUUUUUAUAUGCUA